AACAGGAAGAAAAAGGUAUUUCUACAAAAGAUGUUUCGCGAUCUCCAGUAAAUUCUAACGAUACUCCGGCAUCUAAUAUAUCUGAUAAUACUUCAAAUUCUAAUAUUACUCCUGAACGAAUAGAAAAUAUCUCUGAUAUAAGAUCUGAUUCUGAUACAUACCAGAAAAAGAAUAGCCGAUCCUCCACGUCUUCUAUUACUAUAAAAACUGCAUCAUCGGAAGAGAAGAAAAUUAAUGAUUUCCUGGAUAGCGUACAUAAAGAAACGAUUAGUGAGAAAAUAAGAGAAAAGAACCGGGAAAAGAAUCUUAGAUCUCAAGACAAAGAUAAAGCACCCAGCGAUACUAACUUUAAAAAACUUUGUGAUGCUAUAAUUCUUGCAGAUCGUAAAACUCAAGAAGCUAUCGCGU